AUGUCCACAUCCGCCUCAUCCCCAUCCUCGCCCUCAUCUUCAAGCAUUUCAGACCCAGAUAGAUGGAUUGCCCAGCUAAAGACUUGCACACACCUCUCUGAACCUGACAUGAAAAAACUCUGCGCGAUGGUACGGAACAUCCUACUGGAAGAGAGCAAUAUCCAACCCGUCUCGUCACCCGUCACGAUAUGCGGUGAUAUUCAUGGCCAGUUUUGGGAUCUCUUAGAGUUGUUGAGGAAGGGUGGGGAUGUUCCCGGGACGAGUUACAUCUUUAUGGGCGACUUCGUGGAUAGAGGCCAUUACAGCCUAGAGACAGUUUCCCUUCUAUUCGCGUUAAAAGCGAGGUAUCCCGAUCGAGUAACCCUCCUACGCGGGAACCACGAAAGCCGUCAGAUUACGCAGGUAUACGGUUUCUAUGACGAGUGCCAACAGAAGUACGGUAGUGCGACAGUAUGGAAGACAUGUUGUGGGGUGUUCGAUUUCCUAAAUCUUGCUGCCAUAAUCGAUGGGCACACACUAUGCGUGCACGGAGGCCUGUCACCCGACAUUCGAACGCUUGACUCGAUCCGGACGCUCUCACGCGCGCAGGAAAUCCCGCAUGAAGGUGCUUUUUGCGAUCUGAUGUGGUCAGAUCCGGACGACAUCGAGAACUGGGCUGUGAGUCCGCGAGGGGCAGGGUGGCUUUUUGGUGGCAGUGUGGUCAAAGAGUUCAACCACGUCAACGCGCUCUCUCUUAUCGCACGCGCGCACCAGCUCGUGCAAGAAGGGUACAAGUACAUGUUCGACAAGCAGCUCGUCACCGUAUGGUCUGCGCCGAACUACUGCUACCGCUGCGGGAACAUGGCGGGCAUUAUGACGGUGCGCGAUGACGGCGGGCAGACGUUUGAGGUGUUCGAAGCGGCUGCAGAGAACGAGCGAGACGCGAUGGGCGCUGGGGGACUUGGAGGUAUGGGAGGCGGAAUGGGUAUGGGUGGCGGGUUUGGCGCGCGGAGAGGCGGGGUGAGUGUUUUUUAUAUAUUUAGAUCUUCGUUCCGUGAAUUUUUCGCUGACUUGAUUUUUCUCUGA